GCCCCUGGAGAGGAGUGCGCAUGUGCGGAGAGCACCGCGGCGGCCGGCGGCGCUCUGCUGUUUGAACGCGUUUCGUCUCCCGUCGUCCAAGAGGGACAAAAUGGCGGUGGUUUGACACCGGGUGAAGCGACACCGGUUAGCUGUGGAGGUUGAGGGCUCGCCUGGGGGAUGGUGAAAGGGCUACGAGCCCGAAUAUCCUGCGAUUACACUCUGUCUCCUGCCCGACGCAGUCUCGGCCCGGCAGCGCAGCACCACCGGGGAAAGCCGUCUGUUCGGCCCCGCGCCCGUAACGGGGUGCCCCGUGAGGGUGUGGAAAAAUGGCAAAGCGAAUUGCAGAGAAGGAACUGACUGACAGAAACUGGGAUCAGGAGGAUGAAGCUGAAGAGGUGGGAACAUUCUCAGUAGCUAGUGAAGAAGUCCUGAAGAACAGAGCUAUUAAAAAAGCAAAGCGACGAAAUGUUGGAUCAGAGUCUGAAAGUGGAGGAGCUUUUAAAGGUUUUAAAGGCUUUGUAUUGCCUUCUGGAAAAGGAGGAGCUGGCUUCAGCGGAUUUGGUAAUGGUGCAGGAAUAAAGCCUUUAGAAGGGCUGUCUAAUGGAAGCAGUAGUGUCACUAGCACUCCUUCUUUCAGCAGUUUAAAGACCAGUUCCGAAACACAAACACAAUCAGCAUUUGGAUCCACAAUGUCAAAUGGUCCCACUACUACUGCAUUUACUGAGAAGAAGGCUGCAAGCCUAAAAACUAAUGGUGGCAAUCAACCAUCAUCAUCUGGCUAUGCUCAGAGUAAAGUUUGUAGCUCUAGUGUUUACCACAAACAGUUAGCAGGUUUAAACUGUUCCGUGCGUGACUGGAUAGUUAAGCAUGUAAACACAAACCCACUGUGUGACCUGACACCCAUCUUUAGAGACUAUGAGAAGUAUUUAGCAAAUAUUGAACAGCAACAUGGGAGCAGUGGCGAUAGUGGCUCUGAAAAUGAAAGCAACAAGACACCUGGCGCUCAGUCUGUUUCUGCAUUUGGGAAUGCAAAGCUACAGCAAGGAUCAACGUUUUUGUUUAACAACAAAACUGAGGAUACCUUGGACAAAACCCCUGAAGCUGCAUCAGAAAGAAAAGACCCAUCGUUAGGAGCUACAUCAACAGUCUCGUUUAAUUUUGGCAAGAGUGUCGACAGUUCUGUUUUAGGUUCCCUUGGUUCAGGAACACUCAGUAGUUUCUCAUUUUCUUCUGGGAAUUCAGGUUUGUUUGGAAAAGAUGCAAACCAGGCUAAGUCUGUCACUGCAGUAUCCACCAAUGUAUUGGAAGCUCAGACAGAAAGUGGCAAUAGUGAUGAUAAAGGAGAAGAGGAGGAAGAAGAGCCACCAAAAGUCAUUGUUAAUGAAAUAAAAGAGGAUGAUGCUUUCUACUCAAAGAAAUGCAAACUGUUUUACAAAAAGGAUAACGAAUUUAAAGAAAAAGGUGUAGGAACACUACAUUUAAAACCAGCAGGAAAUGAAAAAACUCAACUCCUGGUCCGAGCGGAUACCAAUUUAGGAAACAUACUGUUGAAUGUUCUAAUUCCACCUAAGAUGCCGUGUACAAGAAUGGGGAAGAACAAUGUUCUUAUAGUUUGUGUUCCUAACCCACCAAUUGAUGAGAAGAACCCGGCUGUUCCUGUCACUAUGUUAAUAAGGGUGAAAACAAGUGAGGAUGCAGAUGAGUUGCACAAAAUCUUACUGGAGAAAAAGGAGGCUUAAAUAAGUUGUAGUCAGUGAUGUGAGGAAUUAUUGCCAAACUGCUGCUGCUCUUUUUUCCUUCCAUAAGUUCACUUGAACACUUAACUCUUUAUUCUGAUACUAAGAACUGUUAUAGGGAUUCUGGAAAAACUCUGAGGAAAAGCUAAACUAGGUAAUAAAAGCUUUAAUAGAACACAAGUGGUGGACUGUGCUCCCUCAUUUUUCAGUAUCUAAAUGCAGGACCUCUUGGGGAUAAAGCACAUUGAUUUAAAUUGAAGCCUGUUUUUAACACUGGUCAAUUUGACUGAAUGGAUUGAAAUCAGACUGCAAAAAUAUGGUACCCAAGCUUCCUCACAGACUGCAGCGCAAUGCAACACCUGCCUCUCCAGAAGGGAGGAUGCUGAAGUGUAACUGUUGAAACUGUUUCUAGACUCGAGAUUUUUAAUUUUAACUGGUCUGUAGUAUUCUGGUAAGACUAAGGUUUCAAACUCUGUGACAACAGUGCACCCCAACAACAAUGAUAUUAUAUAUUGUACUGUGUUUUACAGACUUGUGUGCUUUUGAGACUCUGAGACUGUGUCUCCAGCUAUUUAAAAGAAAACUUGCUUGCGUAGUCUUGUUGACAGUAGUGUUUCUUAGAGAACUGUCAGUUCUGUUCUUACUGUAGCAACAAGCAAAUGAUGUGCAAUAGUACAAGCAGACAACUGGAAGAUUGUUUAUCUUGGACCACAACCACAGCUUGCAUUCCCCAACUUGUGACAAGUUGAAGCAAAGGGUUGCACUUCCAUUUUGGACGCUGGAGGAAUUCUUCCCUAGUCCCCUGGGCUACAGCUGAAACCCAGCAGAGGCAUCAAUGGUGUACUUGUCUUGCUACUGGUACUUUUCUGGGGGUAGCUCUUUUCACAAAUGAAUUUCAGGAUUUUUACAGAUCUUUAUAUUGCCUCUAGCCAUUACCAGGAAAUACAUGCAUAGAUGUGUGUAUCAGUCAUUAUUUUUCCCCAUGUCCUGAAACUUCAGUGCUUUACUGUGUUACAUUAAAUAAAGCAGUAGUUCACAGGUUUAGGACAAAUUUUCUAUCAUAAGUAGGGAGCACUGACUUAAUCUACAACUUAGUUUUCGGCUGUGUUAAAAUCAUGUGGUAGUAAUUUGUUGGUCAGAAGAUCAUUCUGGCCUUUGCUUCCAUCUCAGCUUUAUCAGACCAUAUGUCUGAUUUUAAUCCUUUUCCUUUUCACAUCUCAUUUGCUGGAAGCUCCUUCCCUAAGAAUUUGUUUUCUGCUUCACUUCCUGGUCUGGGAACUAUAUAAGAGCUAGAUGUUUAAUAUUAAACUUGAACUGCUCUCAGGUCUGUCAGACUGACCAGCUCUGGGGAAAUAGAAGAAACAUGACAACCUGCCUCAGGUUACCUUGGGCAUAGAGGGAAAAAUCCCAUUCCUUAAAAAAGAUAAUAGCAUGAUUCUAUGAUGCAGUUCUUGCAGGGAACCUGGGAGUAUACCAGUGGCAUCCUGUGGUGGGGAAAAAGUAGCACCAUUUGACUAAACACAGCGCACGGUACCUGCCUUCCCACUGCUCCCUGGGGGAAGAAAGGGCUGCCUUUAUUCUUAAUUCACUGCACAAUUCAGGUUAUGGCCUUUCCCCUUCUCUCUCCCCCCUUAACUAAAAGGAGGAAAAAAACUUUAGGAUCUUGACCAAAGUUCAAAAACAAAGGCCUUUGCUCGCAUUUCAGCUACACUUAAGUCACAGGAAUUGCAUUUUAACAUCUAGUGUAAAGGGAGCUCAAAUACCAUUUCAAAUAUUUGAAGUACAAACUGGUGCCUUUUUCUUUCAUGUGGCUCAGUACUUACCCCUUAAAAGUGACACUACUGUCUUCAAAAUGUCCUUUCUAAAAAAAACUAUAAUAAAAAUAUGAAAAAAAAUCUUGCUGAUACUGAAAUUGGAGGCCAGAAGCUGAAGCCAUGCCUAGUAAUUGUGUGAAUGAAAAGCAGAGCUUUGCCUGGAAGUUUAUUACAGGCUCAGGUUUAAUGUCCAAGGGCUCAGUUAGUUUUGUAUUUGUCUUCUGGCUGUAGUGUCUUAAGUGUGUCUCCAUGCAGAAGGGUUUAUGGAUUAUAAGGCGCUGUAUGUUGUCGGUGAAUUUCUUAUGCAUCCCCCAAAGAGCAACUGCAGAGGUUGUGUAAGUGGUCUUGGGUUUUUGUUUACUGCUGACAGCUCAUAGAUGUGUAACCUUCUUUAUCCACUGAAGCAUGGACCAACUAUCUUAAAGCAACUUAAACCAACUUCCUCAGUAUCCUUAGUUUGCCUCCACAGUGAGGCAGUCUUGGUGUUUUGCAUGCACCUCUGGGGCCCAGUUCUAAAGCUGGCAAACUGAAUGGCUCGUGCAUCUGUCCUGUUUCCAAGGGUGGACAUUCUGAGGGUGAGCACAGUGUAAUGAAAAAUAAGUAGAAUAAUAAAUUGUGUUGGAAAAGUUAAACCGUACAGUACCAAUGGUAGUAAGUAAUAGCUUCCAUAGAGGUGGGAAAGAUCAAAUGAUGAGACACCUUAAUUCUUUAGCACCAUACAUAUUUAUGGGUAGAGCUAGGGGCAGGUAUAUAACUGGAAUCUCAUGUAAUUGAGAGUGUCAAAUAUAUGCAUGAACACGUGAUAUUAAACGUUUUACACAGGGAAAGUUGCCACUAAAAGAACAGGGAAGAGUUUUACUGCAAAUCAACAUAAUUAAUAGUAACCCUGCUUUAUCUGGACUAUGACACAGGAAGAGUCAGUCACAUGCUUCUCACUUGGUGUUUAGUUAUAAAACACAACCCUGCACCAGUACUUCCACCAAAAUGAAUUUCUGAUGAUGCUUCGGUUUCUAGUGAAGAAAUAUUCAACUGUGUCAAUACUGUAAAAGACCAGAGAUUAUUAAAUAGAAAUAAAGGCUUAAAUUAAUUAAAAGCUAAAGUUAGUGGAAAGCAUAAAAAUUAAUACGCUGAUGCCUUCAUAACAGUGUCAUGUGCUAUAUGAGGAAGGAACUGUGAUCAGAAUUCCAACUCAGACAUUCCUGUAUCUUGGUAGAUACUUAAUAUACGUAACAGCUGGAUAUAGGAUACCUGAUGUUAAAGAUGCCAGUUUCCUCCCUCAUCUGGAUCGAUGCCUUCACUGUUUGAGCUGUACAUAGGUGGAGGAGUGUCUCGUGGAUCAUGCGUUAUUCCUUCUGAUGUAAUUUUGAAGUUUCAGCUGCUCAGAAAUCUCUCCCUCUCACCUCACCAAACCAGAAAUUCAUGAUUUCUGCUUCCUGUAAUUCUCAGAAUUAUCUGUAAGGGAGAUUAUUACAGUUGGUUUACAUUUUAUUUUAGGAUACUAAAUUGCUAUAUGCAGGGAUUCUUUUGUAACGUACUUUAAAUUAUCCAUGUGGGAGCACAAUAACAGUGUUCCUAUAAUUAAUCCCUUUUGGAUGAUGGAUGUGAAAGGUUAAAUUUACAGCUCAAAUGAACAUCUUUUAAAACGUAAACCCAUUAGGAGGUACGCUUUACUAUUAAGAACUUAGCUCAGCUCCCUGUGCAGCACUGUAACAUUUAAAAUGUCCUUAAAGACUUCCUUUCUGAUGCCUUAACUUAUUUGCAUUUGCUGAAAGUUUGUAGCUGGUGCCUGUGUGCAGAGAUAACCUGACAUUAAACAACUUACAGUGGCAUGAGCUCAUAUAAAUCCAAUGAAAAUGCUGAAUGUGACGAUCUGUUAAUAGUUUCAAACUGCUCUGAAGUUGUCAGAGGAUACUUAAGUUUGACUUGUAACAAUGUUUUCACUAGUUCUGAUACAUUGAGGAAAUGUACAAAAAUCCAUGGAAAAUGUGAAUAAAAGAAUAAGAGAGAAGU